AAAUGUAGUCCUCAUCCUUGUAUUCCAUUCUCACUGUCUCCGACGCGAAAGAUGCCUGCCGUACACCACAAAUUAUUACUCGAGGAGGCCCUGCAGGACAGUCCGCAGACGCGGUCCUUGCUCAGUGUGUUUGAAGAGGAUGCUGGCACGCUCACUAACUACACAAACCAGCUGCUCCAGUCUAUGCAGAGAGUGUUUGGAGCACAGAAUGAAAUGGCUCUGGCGACCGAACAGCUUUCUAAACAGCUCUUGGAGUAUGAGAAGCAGAAUUUUGCUCUGGCGAAAGGCGACGAAGAGGUGAUCAACACUUUACAGCACUUCGCCAAAAGCGUGGAAGAGCUGAACUCUCUGCACAAUGAAUUGGCCACACAGAUCGCUGAUAAGAUGGUGUUUCCCAUGGUGCGGUUCAGAGAGAAGGACCUUACAGAGAUCAGCACACUGAAGGAGAUAUUCGGCAUUGCCAGUGACGAGCAUGAAGCUGCCAUGGUGAAAUAUAGUCGUUUACCUAAAAAGAGAGAAAAUGAAAAGGUUAAAGCGGAGGUGGUGAGAGAGGUGGCGUACUCCCGCAGAAAGCAGCAUCAGGCGGCGAUGCAGUAUUAUUGCGCUCUGAAUGCGCUGCAGUACAGAAAGAAAGUGGCCAUGCUGGAGCCCAUGCUGGGAUUCACACACGCUCAGGUACAUUUCUUUAAGAAGGGGAUGGAGCUGGUGUCCAAGAAGAUGGACAGUUUUCUAAGCUCAGUUUCCAGCAUGAAUCGGAGUAUUGAGUCUCAGCUAGAGGUCGAGGCAGAGGUCAUGCGCUCGUCUCAGAGAGAGCUCCUGUCCGUGGAUGACACCGUCUACAUGCCGGAUCACGAUCGUGUCCCCGUGAAUCGCGCCCUCAUCCAGAAAGCAGGUUACCUCAACAUCAGGAAUAAGACGGGGCUGGUGACCACGGCGUGGGACAGGCUGUUCUUCUUCACGCAGGGGGGGAACCUGAUGUGUCAGCCGCGGGGCGCAGUGGCAGGCGGGAUGGUUCUGGAUCUGGACAACAGUUCUGUCAUGGCCGUGGAGUGUGAGGACCGGCGAUACUGCUUCCAGAUCACGUCACCCAACGGCAAAACGUCUCUGAUUCUUCAGGCCGAGAGUAAAAAGGAAUAUGAGGAGUGGAUUUGCACCCUGAACAACAUUUCCAGACAGAUUUAUCUAACCGACAAUCCUGAGGCUGUGGCGAUCAGGUUGCACCAGACGGCUCUUCAGGCUGUGACACCCAUCACCAGCUUCGAGAAGAGAGCUGAAGGUUCUCCUAACCCUGACCGAGCGAAACCAGGUGGUGUGACCCCUAGAGAGCCUCAGAAACCCCCUGCGACCCUCGAGCCCGAAGAUCUGAUCGCCCCGGGAACGCCGAUCCAGUUCGACAUCGUUCUGCCCGCGUCUGAGUUCCUGGACCAGAACCGAGCCGGAGCAAGACGCACAAACCCCUUCGGUGAGACGGAGGACGAUGACAGCGCUUCAGACACACAUGAUUCCCUCCUGGAGCAGGUGUUUGCUGUACGGUUCUUGGGAUCGAUGGCCGUUCGGGCCGGUCACACACAGGAAGUGAUCUAUGAAGCCAUGAGGCAGGUUCUCGCCGCUCGCGCAAUUCACAACAUCUUCAAAACCACCGAAUCCCAUCUGAUGGUCAGCAGUGCCUGCAUUCGAUUGAUCGAUCCACAGACACAAGUCACCAAAAUCAGUUUCCAGCUGAAGGACGUGUCUCAGUUUGCGGCCCAUCAGGAGAACAGCAGGCUGAUGGGGUUCGUUCUGGAGGGGAGCGACUGGAGCAACGGAGGCGAGCAUGAACCCUCCUUCAGCGUAUUCGUGUUUGAGAGUAACACUGAAGGAGAGAAGAUUUGUUACACGAUAAACCUGGGGAAAGAGAUCUCAGAGGCAAAGAAGGACCCUGAAGCGCUGGCCCAGCUGAUGAAGUCAAUGCCCCUGACAAACGACGGGAAGUUCCUUCUGCUGGAGAGCGAGACGGGAGAAGCAGCGGAAGCUUCCGGACAGGAUGACCAGGAGUCAGAGGCCUGAUCUGAACACACACACACUUCCAUUACCUGCUGCUCUUCUCCUGUCCUCCCUCUCUC